AGGCAGACCGUAGGCGCGUACCGUUUUCGAGCUCUUCCAAUAAAGUGCCAAUCUAGGAGUAAAGAUGUACAGAACUACAAGAUCCCCAAUGAUGCAGCCGCUGGUCAACUCUGGAAUGGGCAUGGCUCCUUUCUUCAAGGUGACUGUGUUCGAGCAGGAGCAUUUCCAGGGCAAGUGCCUGGAGUUCACCUCUGAGUGCUGCAACAUCCAGGAUUGUGGACUGGACAACAUCCGCUCCAUCAGGGUGGAGAGCGGAGCCUGGGUGGGUUUUGAGCACCAUGACUUCCAGGGCCAGCAGUUCAUCCUGGAGAGAGGAGAGUACCCCCACUGGGACGCUUACAGUGGUUCCCUCUCCUACCACGUGGAGCGCCUCAUGUCUCUGCGCCCCAUCUACUGCGCCUCCCACCAGAGCAGUCGCAUGAUCAUCUUCGAGAGGGAGAACUUCAUGGGCCGCAGUGUGGAGAUCUGUGACGACUACCCCUCUCUGCAGGCCAUGGGCUGGAUGAUGCCUGAGGUUGGCUCCAUGCACGUGCAGUGCGGCGCCUUCGUGUGCUACCAGCACCCUGGCUACAGGGGCCAGCAGUACAUCAUGGAGUGUGAGAGACACAGCGGAGACUACCAGCACUGGAAGAACUGGGGGUCCCACUGUCAGACCCCCCAGAUCCAGUCCAUCAGGCGCAUCCAGCACUGAGAGGGAGACAGGCUGAGACUGAGACAGCAGCUCCCCUCGACCCCCCUCCUUCCUUCACCCAUAACCCUUUCCUCUAUUUCCUUCUUCCUCUCUUCAAUCCUUUCCUUCCUCUUGACUUGAGCCGCAACAGCCGCCUCGACCCCACUACUGAUUUACAGCCGCUGCCAAAAGUGUGAUAAGGGACAAUAUCGCACUGUUAAAGCACAGGGACACACACGCUCCACUCACACACAUGCCAACAUAACUCGACACUCACACACACAGUGUCUUUUUAUUUGGUUUAGAGGUUUCUGCACACUCACACACAAACACACACACA